CAAUGAAUACACACAUACCUGAAAAAAGUGCCACUUCACUGUCUCCACUUCAUACCCUCUCUCACACACACAGACACACACUGAACUCUUCAUAACGCUAGCAAUUUCGGAGGAGAAGUUGUUGCUUGCGUUUCUUCACAUCCCUCCCAACUUUUGUCUUUGUAUAAUUAGUUGAAUAUGGCUGAGAAUAAUGUACAACCGACUGGAAAAAGUUCAGAGAACUCCCGUGUUGCUCUGAAUGAAAGGAUUCUUUCUUCUCUGUCACGAAGAUCCGUUGCUGCUCAUCCGUGGCAUGACUUGGAAAUUGGUCCAGGGGCACCAUCAAUUUUCAACUGUGUGGUUGAAAUUGGAAAAGGCAGCAAAGUGAAGUACGAGCUUGACAAAACCAGUGGCCUUAUCAAGGUAGAUAGAGUUCUUUACUCAUCGGUCGUGUACCCCCACAACUAUGGUUUCAUUCCACGAACCAUCUGUGAAGACAGUGAUCCCAUGGAUGUUCUGAUUUUGAUGCAGGAACCUGUUCUGCCUGGUACUUACCUUCGCGCACGUGCGAUUGGAUUGAUGCCAAUGAUAGAUCAGGGCGAGAAAGAUGAUAAAAUAAUCGCUGUAUGCGCUGAUGACCCUGAGUUCCGCCACUAUAAGGACAUACAGGAUCUUCCACCACAUCGCCUUGCUGAAAUCCGCCGCUUCUUCGAGGACUACAAGAAGAAUGAGAACAAAUCCGUUGCUGUAGAAGACUUCCUGCCCGCUGAAGCAGCCACUGAUGCUAUCAAGCACUCCAUGGAUCUAUAUGCUUCCUACAUCGUGGAAAGCUUGAGGCAGUGAUUUGAUCAGAUGUUUUAAAGCAUGUAGAGGCGAUAACUAGAAUGCCUGCAAAGCUGAUAAGCUUUCUUGGACAUGCUUGUCUAACCUCAUAAGAAGCUCAUGUUUUACAUACCGCGUGUUGUCUAAAGGAGAUGUGUGUUUAACAUACUUCUAGUGGCAACGUCAUGUUUAGAGGCGUCUAUAUCGAUUGAACGUUUUGCUUAAUGAAUGCAACAGGGUGAAGUAUGUCUCCCCGAAUUAUUGUAAUAUUCGUCUUAAGAAAUAAAUGUAGACUUUGUCUGCUAGAUUCAGUAUCAUACGUUGAAUGGUGAUCGUGUAAUGAAGAUCUUUUCUUUUUCAAUAUGACAA